AUUUUGUGUUCAUGCUACUUCUGACAGUGACAGCUCGAGCUGCCGAUCACCUGCUCUGUAAGUGAUUUGAGAUACAGAGAAAGGAUGGCACCAAAGAGAAGUGCUGCCUCUUCCACCAAAGUCACUGAAGCAGGUGGAAAUAAGGUGAAGCAAGAGCCACAUCAAAGUAAGGCUGAUGAGCAAUGCUUGCUGUCAGAACAGCAUUCAGGAGAGGUGUAUGAAGAUUAUGACUGUAUGCUGAAUCAGACCAACAUUGAAAAAAACAGGAAUAAGUUUUAUGUCAUUCAAGUGUUGAAUAAAGGUGCCUGUUACUACUGCUKGACCAAAUGGGGGAGAGUGGGGGAAACAGGCCAGUCAAAACUAUCAGACCCUUAUGUCAGCCCAGACAAAGCCAUCAAAGACUUUGAGAAGAUGUUCAAAGAGAAGACGGAGAACAGCUGGAAGGAGCGAGACAACUUUGUGUCUCGCCCGGGGAAGUACACCCUGAUAGAGGUGGAUGGAGGACAGGAUGCAGAGGUCAARGUGGACAAUGUUGAUGGGAAGAUUGUCAAGGGGCCCCAAAACAUUCUGCCUUGCACCCUGAAUAACCCCACACAGAAGCUCAUCCAUCUCAUUUUUAGCAACGACAUGUUCCAAAAGUCCAUGGAGUGCAUGACCCUGGUUGUUGGACCACCAGACAUAAAGAAGAUACCCCUGGGGAAGCUGAGCAAGCUGCAGAUCGACAAGGGCUUUAAAGUGCUGGAGGAGAUUGAGGGAGCUAUGAACGCCAGCCAGACCAGCAGGACCAAACUGGAGGAGCUCUCCUCCAAGUUCUUCACCACCAUCCCACACAACUUUCAACGCGAUAGGCCCCCGGUCAUCGACAGCUCUGAGAUCAUAGAGAAGAAGAAGGAGAUGCUUCUGGUGCUGGCUGAUAUAGAGAUACCCCAGAACCUGAAGGCUGAGACUGAGAAGACCCAGGAGCUGAUGGAGGUGGAGAAAGUACCUCAUUCACUGGACCAGAAAUAUCUGUCUCUCAACUGCAAACUCUGUCUACUAGAAAGAAAAACACAGGAAUUCAAGGUAAUUGAGAAAUACCUGAAGGCCACUGCAGAUAGCCACAGCCAGCCAAAGAUUAUAGAUAUCUGGGAGGUAGAGAGUGAGACUGAGGCGGAGCGGUUCAGGGAGAAUGACAACCUGGAGAACCGGCGUCUGCUGUGGCACGGCACCAACGUGGCAAUGGUUGCGGUCAUCUUGAACGGUGGCCUAUAUAGUCACUUCAUGCCCCAGUCAGAUGCCCCUGCCUACGCAGCCCCCUACUUUGCUUCGGAGAUCAGCAACUCUGCUAAUUACGUGCAUACAUCUGAAGGCAUCGUGGUGAUGUUUCUGAAUGAGGUGGUGCUAGGGAAGGAGCACACCAUCACGAAGGAUGACAGCUCCCUGAGGAAGGCUCCUGAUGGCUACGACAGCGUGGUGGCUAGAGGACAGCUGGAACCAGACCCGUCCAAGGACAUCUUCCUGACUCUGGAUGGUAAGCAGGUGGCUGUGCCUCAGGGUAAACCCACCAAGCAGCCCCAGUACAAGGACAGCUACUUCCGCAACAGCAAGUACCUAGUCUACAAGGAGAACCAGUGUCGCAUCCGCUACCUGCUGGAGCUCAAGUUUUAACUGGAGACAAGGAGAGAGGAGGCACCUAUGCAUUUUAGGAGAUGGUAUUAUUCAAGUAAUUAAGGUUUCUGUUAUUAAUAGACACCUCUGUCACUGUGUGCAAUUUCCAACCAAAGUUCCCUAUAAUAUCAUAUAUAUACUCUGUGCCUUGUCCUUUAUAGUAUCCUAACAGGCUUUGAGUGUACAGUCUUUCAUGGUCUAUUGCAGUGGUUCCCAAACUUUUAAUUGUCCCGUACCCCUUCAAACAUUUAACCUCCAGCUGCGUACCCCCUCUAGC